AAUUUAUUCUACAUUUUGUUAUACUUCCUAAACAAGCCUCUAAGAUGUUAAUGCCCAAAAAGAAUAGACAUUUAAUAUAUGAGUAUUUAUUCAAGGAAGGAGUUAUGGUUGCUAAGAAAGAUUUUCAUGCUCCUAAGCACCCAAAUAUAGAAAAUGUUCCUAAUCUCCAAGUUAUUAAAGCAUUACAAUCAUUAAAAUCUCGAGGAUAUGUAACAGAACAGUUUGCAUGGCAUCAUUAUUACUGGUAUCUAACAAAUGAUGGUAUACAAUAUCUGAGAGAAUAUUUGCAUCUCCCUCCAGAAAUUAUUCCAGUUACCCUUAAACGGGCUACGAGAACUGACAUGCGACCAAAAGAAGGAGACCAAAUGCCUUCUGAAAAAGAUGCCUACAGGAAAGCUGAUAUGGGAAUGGACAAAAAGGCAGAUGCUGGCCCUGGUUCAACUCCUUUAGAAUAUAGAGGUGGUUUUGGAAGAGGUAGAGCUCCUAUGUAAAGAAAAAUGAUGCAUAUUUGAAGAUCAAUAUUUUUAUCAAAUACAAUAAUUUAUUUCUAUUAAUAUAAUGUUUUAUUAUUAAUGUUGCCAAACAUAUAAUAAAAUUAUUAAUUUAUAG